CUGGCAACCCUACCGAGGCCAUACCACCCUCAGCGCUUCGUUCUCCUCCUUCUUUUCCCAGGGUGCUUUGCUUGCCGCGGCCUUGUUCGCGCCUUCAGCCCGCGGAGGAGCCGCUGCCGCCAUGUCAGACUAUCCCGGAGCCCAGUCCGGGAACCGCAAGGACGCGUUUGCCGAUGCUGUACAGAGGGCCCGCCAGAUUGCCGCAAAGAUCGGAGGCGAUGCCACCGGUGGUGUGAACAACACCCCAGAUUUCAACUACGGAGGGCAGAAAAGGCAGUUAGAUGAUGGGGAUGUGUUUGGUUUUCCUUCUCCAGACCAGCCAGAGUGUAAGAAACUGGCAACCCAACCCGACCCAAACCCCCCUCAGCUUGCUCCAGUCCACCCUCCAAGGUCGUCUUCCAUGACAGAGGAGUAUCGCGUUCCAGAUGGCAUGGUGGGACUCAUUAUUGGUCGCGGAGGAGAACAGAUCAACAAGAUUCAGCAGGAGUCUGGGUGCAAAGUACAGAUAUCUCCAGACAGUGGUGGGAUGCCUGAGCGGGUCGUUUCCUUGACUGGAUCUCCUGAUGCUGUACAGAAUGCUAAGAUGCUGCUGGACGACAUUGUUGCCAGAGGUCGAGGGGGUCCUCCUAGCCAAUUCCACGACAGCUCCAAUGGGCAAAAUGGUUCCUUACAGGAGAUCAUGAUCCCUGCUGGCAAAGCUGGACUGAUCAUUGGGAAAGGUGGAGAAACCAUAAAACAGUUACAGGAAAGAGCUGGCGUCAAAAUGAUUCUGAUACAGGAUGGAUCACAAAAUACCAACAUGGAUAAGCCACUUCGUAUAGUGGGAGAACCUUUCAAAGUGCAGCAAGCCUGUGAAAUGGUGAUGGAUCUUCUAAAGGAGAGGGACCAGGCUAACUUUGACAGAAAUGAGUAUGGUUCACGCGGUGGAGGAGGAGGAGGAGGUGGUGGUGGUAUUGAUGUACCUGUCCCCCGACACUCGGUUGGAGUUGUUAUAGGACGCAGUGGGGAUAUGAUUAAGAAGAUUCAGAAUGAUGCUGGUGUCAGGAUACAGUUCAAACAAGAUGACGGGACAGGUCCUGACAAAAUUGCUCACAUCAUGGGCCCCCCAGACAGGUGUGAGCACGCAGCAAGGAUUAUCGGCGAUCUCCUUCAGAGUUUAAGGACUGGUCCCCCUGGUCCUCCGGGUCCUGGAAUGCCUCCAGGUGGCAGAGGAAGGGGUCGAGGGCAGGGUCCUUGGGGUCCUCCUGGUGGUGAAAUGACAUUCUCUAUACCCACUCACAAGUGUGGACUGGUGAUUGGAAGAGGUGGGGAAAAUGUGAAGGCAAUUAAUCAGCAAACUGGAGCAUUUGUCGAGAUCUCCAGGCAGCCGCCGCCGAACGGAGACCCCAAUUUCAAGAUGUUUACCAUUAGAGGCAACCCCCAGCAGAUCGACCACGCCAAGCAGCUGAUUGAGGAGAAGAUUGAGGGCCCUCUUUGUCCAAUUGGACCCGGCCCACCCGGUCCAGGCCCAGCAGGUCCCAUGGGACCAUAUAACCCCGGCCCCUACCAGCCUGGACCUCCAGGAGCCCCUCCACACCAAGGACCCCCUCCUCCUCCUCCACCUCAUCAGUACCCUCCUCAAGGCUGGGGAAGCACAUACCCCCAGUGGGGCCAACCUCCAGCACCUCACGACCCCUCAAAACCACCUGCUCCCACAGAUCCCAGUGCUGCAUGGGCUGCUUACUACUCUCACUACUACCAGCAGCCCCCUGCUCCAGUCCCAGGGCAGCCCCCUGCUGUUCCUGUACCUCCACCUCAAGGAGAACCCCCAAUACAGCCCCCGCCGGCCAGCCAGCCUGACUACACAAAGGCCUGGGAAGAAUAUUACAAGAAAAUGGGUCAGCAAACUCCACAGCCAGCGGGACAGCCAGACUACACAAAAGCCUGGGAGGAAUAUUACAAGAAGCAAGCAGUCGCUCAGGCAGUAGCCAAUCCAGGAGCACCAGCAGUGGUGGCAGCAGCAGCAACGGCGGCUCCACCUGCAGCACAGCCAGAUUAUAGCGCAGCAUGGGCAGAAUAUUACCGACAACAAGCAGCAUAUUACGGACAGGCACCAGGAGCUCCUCCCACACAGCCCCCACCCGCACAGCCGGGGCCGCAGGCCCAAUGAAUGUCGCUCUCCCCUCACCCGCUGCCAGUCUGAUGAAGAGAGUCCCUCUGCUGCUGCCCAUCUAACAGUGGGGAGAAGUCGUUUGAAGAGUCGUCUAGUCGUUUUUAUUUUUUUAGGACCCGCCCUCUCCUCCACUUCACCCAGGAUGUCCUCUUCCAAAAACAAUACACAAGCCCCUCCCCCCGGAGGCCUGUUCUGUGCAAAAGCAGGUGUAGCAAUUAGGACUAAUCUUGAGAGCAACCCCCAAAACUCUUGCCUCAAUUUUCUCUCCCCCAGCAAAGACACGGUUUAAUUCACUGGGACCGUCCUGUGAGUAAUAUAUAUUAUUUUUUUUUUACGUAAAGGUUACCUCCCAUUGUCCCUGUGCUUUUAGUUGAACAUUCCCUGGUAUCGCCCCCCCAUGCUGCCUGCUGCUCCCUCCCCUAUGGCUGGGGAUCCAUGAAGGCUGCAGCUCCCUCCCCAGUGGCUUUGGAGGGGGGGGGUGAUGGAGUCAGCUGGUCCGUCUCACAGCUGGGGGGGUCGUGAUGUGUUUUUUGUCUGUUCAGAGACAUGGAAACUGUACGCCGAGUUUUUACUUUUUAUUGCCUGUUUUUAACUUCACAAUAAACCAAUGAGAAAAC